AAUGUCUGAAAAGGAGGAAAGUGCUGGUGGUGAACAAGAUGAUGUUUCUUUUUUAAGAACUGGAGAUAUAAUAUGUUUAACAUGCCUUGUAACAAGCCAAAAAGAGGGCGCAGGUGGAGAGUCAGAACGUGUUUGUUUAGCUACGGAAGGUUUUGGCAAUAGAAUGUGUACAUUAGAGAAUGUUUCUGAUCGUGAUUGUCCGCCAGAUAUUUCUUCUUGUUCUUUAUAUAUUGAGAAUGCACUUUCUGUUAGAGCUUUACAGGAGAUGAUGAGUGCCGAUGGAGGGAAUAUUGGUGGGAAUGCCGGAGGGGGUACAACAACAGCAACAAACACCACAUCAAAUGAUGCAACAACUUCAAAAGGAGGAGGACACAAAACACUUCUUUAUGGCCAUGCUGUUCAACUUAGACAUGUUCAGAGUUUAAUGUAUUUGGCAUGCCUUUCAUCGUGUUCUUCGAAUGAUAAAUUGGCUUUUGAUGUUGGUGUUCAAGAAGGGAGUGAAGAGGGAGAAUCUUCCUGGUGGACAAUUCAUCCAGCAAGCAAACAAAGGUCAGAGGGAGAAAAAGUUCGUGCUGGUGAUGACGUUAUUUUGGUCAGUGUUGCAACUGAACGAUAUUUGCAUAUGACUAAUGUGGCAGAAGAUGCAUUAAUUGGUGGGAGAUUGGGAUAUAUGGUUAUUGCUUCUUUUCAUCAAACACUUUGGAAUGUUACUUCGCUAAGCUCAGGAAGUGUUCGUAUAAGAAAUAUGGGCCAUCUGUUUGGCAACGACGUCCUUCGCCUCUUCCACGGAAAUGAUGAAUGUUUAACUAUUCCAGAGAAUUGGAGUGAAUAUCCCUUACAUAAUUUAAUAAUAUACGAAGGAGGUCCUGCUGUUACUCAAGCAAGAUCACUUUGGAGAAUAGAAUUAAUUAGAACUAAAUGGCAUGGAGCUCUUGUUGGUUAUGAACAACCUUUUCGAAUUCGGCAUAUCACAACAGGCCGAUAUUUAGGAGUUGUAGAGGGAAUGAAUGAAAAACUUGUCCAGCUUUUGCAUAGAGACCGUGCUACCUAUCAAAAUAGCGCUUUUGUACUUUGUCCAAAUAAAGAUCCAAAAAAGCAAAUGUUGGUUGAUGAAAAAGAAGAGGAAGGAAUGGGACAAGCAACAAUACGUUAUGGGGAAACAAAUGCUUUUAUUAGGCAUGUUGAAAGAGAAGUAUGGCUUACUUACCAAACAUCUGAAGUUACAAGAAAGGGGAUUGGAAAAGUUGAGGAGAAGAAAGCUAUAGCACAUAGUGAAGGUCAUAUGGAUGAUUGUUAUACAUUUUUUAUGGCAUUGAGCGAGGAAAGUAUGUCCGCUCGAGUAAUUAGGAAAUGUUCUGCUGUUCUGAAUCGCUUUCUAAAAGGAAUCGAAGGCCUUCAAACAGAUGGAAAUGAAUCGCGUGAUUGGCGCCGUGUUGAUCUAAAUGAAGUUUUAAUGCUCAUGAGAGACCUUAUUGACUAUUUUGCACAGCCUGAAGAGCAACUAGAUUUCGAAUCGAGACAAAAUCGUUUUCGGGCUCUCAGAUCAAGACAAGAUUUAUUCCAGGCAUUUAUUAAAUAUUAUGAAACAAAGAAUUUUUAA